AUGGCACGGUCCCACGGCGAUGUCCGCUUCUUCCUCUUCCUCCUCCUCCUCCUCCUCCUCCUCUGCAGCUCCGCGGCGGCCGGACCGACGUUCCUUGUGGCAGCUCCCUGGAACAUCAGACCUGGAGUAAACUUGACUGUUGGGGUAGCUCUGCUGCCGGACAGCCCAGCACAGGUCACCGUAAAGGGAGAAGUGAUCAGAGAUAACGAGACCAUCUUGAGCAGGGAAAUGGUCUUUGAGAAAGAUACCUUUGGGACUCUUGUUCUUCCAGUACUACCUCUGGACAGUGCUUCUGGGAAUUAUGAAUUACUGGUGGAGGGCCAUGCUGAUGGCCGGCGCAUCUUCUCUAACUGUACCAGCCUGAUGUACAUGUCAAAAAGCACCUCUGUAUUCAUCCAAACAGAUAAAUCUAUGUAUAAACCAGGACAAGACAUGCUCUUCCGGAUUGUCACUGUCUAUCCUGAUCUUAAACCUUACAAAGUAUCUCUGAAUAUAUAUAUCCGAGAUCCUCGGAAGAAAUUGAUUCAGCAAUGGUUGAUGGAGGAGGGUGAUUUGGGUGUAGUUUCCAAAAAGUUUCAGUUAUCAAUGAACCCCCCACUAGGAGACUGGUCCAUAGAGGUGGAAGUGAAUGGUCAAGUUCAUUAUCAAAGAUUUAAAGUGAUGGAAUAUGUUUUACCAAAAUUUGAUGUCAUGAUAACAGCACCCUUAUACUACUCUUUGAGAGAUGAAGAUGUAACUGGUGUUGUCUCUGCAAAGUACACAUAUGGAAAGCCAGUAAAGGGAACUGUAACAGUCACUUGCCUUUCUGUUUCUUACUGGACAAACAAGAGAAACAUAACGACAACAAUGGAGAUAAAUGGAUCUGUGAAUGUAACCUGUAACAAGCUUAUGUUGCAAAACUUGAACACUGAGCAGUCGUGGCACCAAGGUGACAGCGAGUACACAGAGCCGAUAGAAAUGAUCGCGGUGGUGACUGAGUCACUCACAGGAAUCUCCCAAAAUUCAAGUACCAUCAUAUUUCCAAAGCAAAGUGACUACUUCAUUGAAUUUCUGGACUACACUAGAGUUAUAAAGCCUUCUCUGAACUUCAUAGCUACUCUAAAGGUGUCACGUUCUGAUAGCAGCCAGCUGACAGCUGAGGAGAGGCAUAAUCUUGUAACAAUCACUGCACAACAGUCAGACCUGCUGUUCCAUCACUCUUCACUUUCUCACCUGGAAAAUGAGGCAACAGAGGAGAGAAAUCUGACAGUCCAUGUCCUGAACUAUACAGUUCCAGAAAAUGGAGUAAUUGAUGUUGAGUUUCCAAUCCUGUCUGAUACAAAAACUCUGAGAGUUCAGGCAGAGUUCCUCAGCAGUAAGACUGACAUAGGUGUUUAUGAUGUGUUCAGCUCCCCCAGUCAGACUUAUCUCCAGGUUAAAACAAAGAGCCAGGAUAUAAAGGCUGGGAAGCCUUUUGAGCUGAGCAUUGCAAGCAACAAGCCAGUGAAAGAGUAUCACUAUCUGGUGUUAUCUAAGGAACAAAUUAUGGAUUUUGGGACAAAGUCUACAAAAACAUUCACUUUAACAGCAGAAAAUUCCUGGGCUCCAUUGGUAUCUAUACUUGUAUUCUAUGUAGAUGAGCUCGGAGUGGUAGUAAAUGAUGCUCUCACUGUCCCCAUCCAGCCUGCUUUGGAUGACAAGAUUAAAAUCUCUUGGAGCAAAGAUAAGGCCAAGCCAUCUGAGAAAGUCUCUCUUAAAAUCAACACAACAGAGCCAGGAUCAGUAAUUGGACUUUCGGUAGUUGAUAAAAGUGCAAAGCUUCUGGGAGAAAGUAGUGACAUAACAGAAGGAUCUGUCCUCCAUGAGCUCAAUUUAUACAGCACAGUGCAGUAUUUCCCUCUGGUCCGAGGUUCUUAUGGUGUAUUUCAGAAAUGCAGCCUUUGGGUAUCAACUGAUGCAGUUCUUGAGGAGGAUAAGGAACAUUUUCUUUAUGGUGGAAUGAUACCUAUAGAAGAUGGUUUUGGUGAGGAUAUGCCGGUAUCUAAAAACGGACCUUCUGAUUUCAGCAAUCUCUAUGUGAGGACACACUUUCCAGAGACUUGGCUUUGGGUCGACACUGAGACGAGAUCUGAGACAGAAACCACAAUGGAUGCCAUAGUACCUGACACCAUCACAUCCUGGGUAGCCAGUGCUUUCGUCAUCUCUGAGAACGGCGGGCUUGGAGUGACGACUGCUCCAGUGGAGCUAGAAGUUUUUCAACCUUUUUUCAUAUUCCUGAACCUUCCAUACUCUGUUGUCAGAGGAGAGCAGUUCAUUUUGGAAGUGAACAUCUUUAAUUAUUUGAAGGAAGAAGCUGAGGUUACUGUGAUCCUGGAUAUGAAUGAUGCUUUUGAAAUUAUUCUAACGUCCAAUGAAAUAAAUGCUACAGCAAAUCAACAGUCUGUAUCUGUACCAAGUGAAGAUGGGAAAACUGUUCAAUUCCCAAUCAAGCCAAAACAGCUGGGAGAGAUUCCCAUCAAAGUGACAGCAAUAUCAUCUGCUGCUUCUGAUGCUGUUAUCCAGAAAGUUUUAGUAAAGGCUGAAGGAUUGGAACAGACAUAUUCUCAGACAGUCCUUUUGGAUUUGACUGGGAAUAAACGACAAGCAGUGUCUAAAACUUUGGAAUUCACUUUUCCUUCUGAUGUUGUAAGUGACAGUGAGAGAGUGCAGGUCACUGCUGUUGGUGAUUUACUUGGACCUUCUAUCAACGGUUUAUCAUCAUUGAUUAAGAUGCCUUAUGGCUGCGGUGAACAGAAUAUGAUCAAUUUUGCUCCAAAUGUUUAUGUUUUGCAAUACCUGAUUAAAACCAGGCAGCUGAGAGAGGAUAUUAGAUCAAAAGCAGUAUCAUUUAUGAGGAAAGGCUACCAAAGAGAGCUGCUUUUCCAGAGGGAUGAUGGCUCUUUUAGUGCCUUUGGAAAUGAAGAUCCCUCUGGGAGCACAUGGUUAUCAGCUUUUGUACUGAGAUGUUUCCUUCAAGCUCGUCCAUUCAUAGAUAUUGAUGAAGAUGUACUCAUGGAUACAGCUAAAUGGAUUGUCCGUCACCAGAAAUUAAAUGGAGAGUUCCAGGAGCCUGGCAAAGUGUUACACAGUGAUCUUCAAGGAGGCAUCAAUAAUCCAAUUACUCUCACAGCUUACAUCAUGUCAUCCCUCCUAGGGUUCCCAGAUAAACAGCAUGCUUAUGCCAUCAAGACGGCUACGAACUUUCUAGAAGAUAAAUUAGAAGAAGGUAUUUCAGAUAAUUACACAUUGGCACUUGUGACAUAUGCAUUGUCCUGGGCAAAAAGUACAAGAGCGAAGGAAGCACUGAAUAUGCUGAACCAGAGAGCAGAGCGCCAAGGAGAAUUUCGUUUUUGGGUAACACCUGCUUCUGAAAUUUCUGACUCGUGGCAGCCACGGUCCAUUGAUAUUGAACUUGCAGCAUACGCUCUGCUCUCUCAUUUUCAUCAAGAUAGAUUAGCUGAGGGAAUCCCUAUUAUGAAAUGGUUGAGUCAUCAAAGAAAUCACCUUGGGGGAUUUUCAUCUACUCAGGACACAGUGGUGGCUCUACAAGCCUUAAGUCUGUUUGCAGCUCUCACUGCAGCAAGCAAAACAGAAAUGGAUAUAACAGUGACAGCCCCUUCUUUGGAAAUAACAGAAACAUUCUCAAUUGAUACUCGAAACCGUUUCCUGCUUCAGACCAAGGAGAUUCCCCCUGCACAACAAAUGACAAUUACAGUGUCAGCGGAAGGAAUGGGAUUUGCUGUCUUUCAGCUCAAUGUUAUGUACAACACAAAACACACCGAUCAGAGGCUCAGAUCUAUCCAAAAUCAAGAAGCCUUUGAUUUGAAUAUUGAUGUAAAAGAUGAUAAAGAUGAUAAAAACCACUUGACUUUGAAUGUGUGCACAAGGUACUUCGGUUCUGGCACGGCUCCCAGUAGUGGUAUGGUCCUCAUGGAAGUUGGCUUACUCAGUGGUUUCUCUGUGUCACCAGAUUUUGUUCCAUUAGACAAUGCAGUUAAGAAGACAGAAAAAGACAAUGGAAAAGUCAACCUAUACUUAGACUCUCUAAAUGAAACACAGAUUUGUGUGGAUAUUCCGGUUGUGAGAGACUUCAAGGUGACAAAUAUCCAAGAUGCUUCAGUGACUGUAGUGGAUUACUAUGAACCUAGGAGAAGAGCAGUGAGAAGCUAUAAUUCAGAAGUAAUGCAAAGUGUAACCUCUUGUGACUUCUGUGAAAGUGAUUGCAACCUUUGCCACCGAGAUGGUUCUGCAGCCUUGCUUCAGCACUCUUCAGUGCCCUCCUUGUUCUGUGUGCUCUUUGUCCUUCAUGUAAACUUGCUGUGCAGUUGGGUGCUGUAA